GCGGAUUUAGCCUCGUACGUAAAGGUACGCGACGCAAAAGUAACUGCAAAUUGAUGCUGUAGUUUUGCUUGCUUGUAACAUAAACAAAUUCUACAGUUUAUAUUCCUCUGUUAAUGGCGGUAAACAGAUGACCAGUGACAGUUAAAUCUAACCUAUAUUUAAGACACAAAUUUGGUUUAAAAUAAAAAGUAGCAAUCCGUAUGCAUUAUGCCAACAAAUAAGAAUAAACUGUUAUGUGUGCUGCUGUUAGCUGCUCUUGCUAAUGACCUACAAUUGUUGCAACCUAGAAAAAGAGUUCGUAGAUGGUAUGUAAGGCCACUAAACAAAUAUAGAAGAAAGUAUGGAAGAUACUUGAAAACUUUUCAAGUUAUGAUAACAGAAGAUCCCGAAGAAUUUUUUAAAUACACGAGAUUGUAUCCCCAUGAAUUUAAUGUAUUGGUUAAUUUAAUCGAAGAAAGGUUAAACAAACGAAGCAAUAUUAACACAUUAUCGACAAGUGAGAGAUUAGCCAUAACUUUGAGCUAUUUGGCGCAAGGUUCAUCAAUGGCAGAGGUUGCUCGUUCCUAUCUUAGAGGAAGAGCUACCAUAUCUGUUGUAGUUAAAGAAACAUGUGAUGUUUUAUGGGAAGUGCUUUCUCCUAAAUAUCUUGUGCCUCCUAAUCUUGAACAAUGGAAUCACAUCAAACAAGAGUUCUAUGAAAGGUGGAAUAUUCCUAACUGCCUGGGUGCUAUAGAUGGCAAACACAUUGCCAUACAGAGCCCCUAUAAAUCAGGUUCAAAAUUUUAUAAUUAUAAACAUUACUACAGUAUAAAUUUGAUGGCAAUUGUAGAUAGCAAUUAUAAAUUCAUUUUUGUUGACAUAGGUGCCCAAGGUAUUUGUGGAGAUAGUGGUGUGUUUAGAAGUUCGAACUUUGGUGCCGCCAUUUUAAAUGAAACACUCAACAUUCCCAGAAAUGAUAUAUUGCCUAAGACAAAUUUAAGGUUUCCAUGCUAUUUCGUUGCAGAUGAAGCUUUCCCACUCAAAAAAAACAUUAUGAGGCCUUACCCAAAAAAUGAAAUGUCGAAGGAAUCACGUAUUUUCAACUACAGAUUAAGUAGAGGUCGCCGAAUUGUUGAAAAUGCGUUUGGGAUCCUUGCUUCCAGAUGGAGAAUUUUACGUAAACCGAUAAUUGCAAAACCCAACACAGUAGACAGCAUAGUUAAGGCAACAGUGGUCUUACAUAAUUUUCUUAGAUGUGUUAGAACGAAUGAUCCUUACAUUAAUAACAUAAUAGAUAUUGAAAAUGAAGAUGGCGAAAUCAUACCUGGUGAAUGGCGGACUGGUCCCCUCCUUGAAAAAAUAAGUAAUCAAGGAUCUCGAAAUUAUACCGCAGAUGUCAUGAAAUUACGGAAUACACUUCGUGAUUAUUUUAACUCACCAGAAGGCAGUGUACUUUGGCAGGACAGAAUAUUUGAAAAAAAAUUAAUAUAGGAUACAUUGUUAGAAAUUUAAUGAAAAACAAUAUUUUGUACAUAUGUAUAUGU